AUGGGCGUGCGGGCCGCGCAUUGGCCCCGCGCGCUGUCAAUCAGCGCGUGGCUGCGUCAGGGCCGGGUGCGCGGCCCCGUUCCCUGCUGUGUGCGGGGCCGGCGCGGGGCCGGUGCGGGCGGGGCCGCGCCUCGCUCGUCCCUCGCUAAGAUGGCGGCGGCGGCGGCGGCGGCGGCCGUGGCGCGGCUCGAGGGCCGGGAGUUCGAGUACCUCAUGAAGAAGCGCUCGGUGACCAUCGGCCGCAACUCGUCGCAGGGCUCGGUGGACGUGAGCAUGGGCCACUCCAGCUUCAUCUCCCGCCGCCACCUCGAGAUCUUCACCGCCGCGCCCCCGCCGCCGCCGGCCGGCGCGGACGGGCCGCCGCCCCCGCCGCAGGGGGACCCGGCGGGCGGAGCGGGGGGCGACUUCUACCUGCGCUGCCUCGGCAAGAACGGCGUGUUCGUGGACGGCGUGUUCCAGCGGCGCGGGGCGCCGCCGCUGCAGCUGCCGCGAGUCUGUACUUUCAGGUUUCCCAGCACAAACAUCAAGAUAACAUUCACAGCUCUGUCCAAUGAAAAGAGAGAAAAACAGGAGGCCCCGGAGUCCCCAGUGAAGCCUGUGCAACCCCAGAUCUCUCCCUUAACAAUAAACAUUCCAGACAACAUGGCUCACCUGAUCAGCCCCCUCCCUUCUCCCACAGGAACUAUCAGUGCUGCGAAUUCCUGCCCAUCGAGCCCCCGCGGCGCAGGCUCUUCAGGGUACAAAAUGAGUCGUGGAAUAGCAUCUGACCUACAUUUGAUGGCUGACAAUUCACAGUCAGAAAACGACAAGGAAGCUUCAGGGGGAGACAGCCCAAAGGAUGACUCUAAGCCACCCUACUCCUAUGCACAGUUAAUAGUCCAAGCAAUUACAAUGGCCCCGGAUAAGCAGCUUACACUAAAUGGAAUUUAUACGCACAUAACUAAAAAUUAUCCCUACUACAGGACAGCAGACAAGGGCUGGCAGAAUUCAAUACGUCACAAUCUCUCUCUGAAUCGUUAUUUCAUCAAAGUACCACGUUCCCAGGAAGAACCAGGCAAAGGCUCAUUCUGGAGGAUAGACCCUGCCUCUGAAAGCAAAUUAAUAGAGCAGGCUUUUAGGAAAAGGCGGCCUAGGGGAGUACCUUGCUUUAGAACCCCUCUGGGACCACUCUCUUCUAGAAGUGCCCCAGCUUCUCCUAAUCACUCUGGAGUGUUGUCUGCACACUCCAGUGGCGUCCAGACCCCCGAGAGCCUGUCCAGGGAAGGAUCUCCUGUCCCCAUGGAGCCCGAGCCCAGCGCCAUCCAGCCAAAACUCGCCGUCAUCCAAGAAGCGCGAUUUGCACAGAGUGCCCCAGGAUCACCUCUCUCUAGCCAGCCAGUUUUAAUUACUGUACAACGGCAGCUACCACAAGCUAUCAAACCCGUCACCUACACUGUUGCAACUCCCGUGACAACAUCGACCUCCCAGCAGCCUGUAGUUCAGACAGUUCACGUUGUGCACCAGAUCCCAGCUGUGUCAGUCACCAACGUGACUGGAUUAGCACCAGCAAACACUUACACUGUCGCGGGACAGGCGGUGGUCACACAAGCUGCUAUGGUCACCCAGCCCAAGGUAGAACCUCAAGAGAAUGGAGACCACAAGGAAGUCAAAGUGAAAGUGGAGCCUCUCCCUGCUAUUAGCCAUGCUGCAAUAGGAGCUGCUGGUCGCAUCAUCCAGACAUCGCAGCCCACCCCCCUACAGACAGUCACCAUCGUGCAACAGGCGCCGCUGGGGCAGCACCAGCUGCCCAUCAAAGCUGUCACACAGAACGGAACGCACAUCGUGCCCCUGAGCGCCGCCGUGGCGGGGCAGGGCAGCGCGGCUGCUGCAAGUCCUUUGCAUAUGUUAGCAACCCACGCGUCCGCAUCGGCAUCGCUCCCCACCAAGCGCCAGAACGGAGACCAGUCGGAACAGCAGGAACUCAAACGUAUCAAAACAGAGGAUGGAGAGAGCAUAGUCAUAGCUGUGAACGUGGACACCCCACCCGUGGCAGUGAGUGACAAAGGCAGCCAGAACUAGAAACUUUAGGGGAGUUUUCCUUUUUUUUUUUUUUUUUUUUUUUUAAAAAAAAAAAAAAAACAACAAAAAGAAAAAAAAAACCACAAAAAACCAACAAAAACAAACUCCGUGGUGCCAAAAGGAGACACUUAAAUCUAACACCUAAAAUGUUGGAACAUGUUCUCACGCAGUGGGGAAAGGGGCCCUGUGAAUCAGACUUCAACUUUCAGCACUGAAACAAAACCCAACACAGGUGGCCUUAAAACUUGGUAAUUUCAAGUCAAACUGCAGAACCAUGUUGUUGUAGAGGCUGUGCCCCCGCCCCUCCUGCCCCACGGACUGUGUGUGCUGGGAGGGCUGCAGCUUUAACAGGAUCUGUCAGAUUUUUCCCAGGACUGAGGAUCUCAGUGUAACGGCAGCAUGAUAGCGCUUAGUGUGACUGGUUUAACCGAUUGUAAAUUCCUAAAGGGAACAGAGGCAGGAGCCAUUCCGACACCGUGGCAGCUAAGCCUUUCCGAACCACCCACCCAUGCAGUUGUUGAUAGAUAUGCAGUAUUUUGUUGUUCACAUGUGGAAUUAGAAAUUUUUGAGGUGUAUUUUCAUUUCUUUGCAAAACAAUGGGGUCUUUGACAUUUCAAAUCACUCCAUUUCUACUCCGGAAACUUUGGAAUCACACAACUACUUUUCAUGUGAAAUUUUGUUUGGUAAAAAACUGAAUGUAGGGUUUUUUUAACCAACGGAAUGAUUUACUUUUGUCUGUCCUGUUCAAGUUCAGAUACAGCUACUUUAUUACAUCUGCAAAUUUUCAUAUUUUAGCAGUUGCCUGAUAAAUUUAAUCAAAUUUUAUUACCAUGUGUAGUGAUCAAACGCUUCUUUGGGCUUGCAUGUAACUGAUUAGAAACUCUGAUGUAAAUGAGCCGUUAACUGACAUAAAGAACUGCUAUGGAUUUGACCAGAGCUGCACUUACCUGUUUCUCUCUCUGCUACCUUUUGCUGUUUGUUACUUUGUGUUGACUUUGACUGUCCCUGGCAUAUUUUUCCAGUCUAAAGUAAAACAAGAGUCUCGCUUAAUAUUGUGUAUGUUUAAGAUAACAGACUGUUCUUCAUUUAGAAAGAUAAAAUUCUUUAUCACGAGUCCUUUUAAAAAGAGUAAAAUUAUCUUGUCAGAGGUAUAUUCGAUAUUUUUAAGCUUAAGCACCCUUCAGUAGAAAUUAAUCUGCCCCGUUUCUCUGUAACACUUUGAUGUCAGACACUGACCUCGGGGUCUCCAUGACCAGUAGCUGUUGUGGUUUUCUAACAGUGGCUACCAGAUUAUGGUAAUAAUUUUUUUUUUUUUUUUUUAAGUGUGUGUUCUGCAGUUGAACAUUUUAAAAUGUAUCGGUAAUUUCUCACUUUAAUGUGGUAAUAGAUUCCACUUUACAUUUCAAAAUUCAAUUGAAACAAGGCUGCUGUUCAGUCUUCAACUCACACAACGUCUUAGUUCCUCCUGCAGCCAGGUGAGUGGGAGCCAGAGCGGGCUCCAUCGGAAUCUGGUUUUU